AUGUUGCCCUGGAAGUUGAAAAGAAACUUUUCUACUGUAGCCAGGAGGCUUCAGGAAGCGCUAGAAACCUCGAUUACCGAAACACCAGUUGAUAUUUAUGCCACACUUCCCAAAACAAGUUUCCAUUUCGAAACUUCAGGCAAUCUUCAGCCAAAUGCUAGAUACAAGAAUUUGGAGUAUUCUGUUACUGGAAGUGAUGAUUUCGGGCUUCGAGAUGCAGAAAUUUCCAUGAAAGACUAUUUCUUGGGCGACACUCAUCACUCUCACAAGGUUUUCAGUGGCCAACAUCAAUCAUAUAAGCAGGGCCAGAAAGUCGAGCAGCGAACAUUCGUUGAUCUUAGACUUCUUCGCCUACGCACAGGCAACGGAGGGAAUGGGUGUGUUUCGUUCUUUAGAGACGCUAAUAGACCCGUUGGACCCCCAGAUGGAGGUGAUGGAGGAGACGGAGGAAGCAUUUAUGUACAAGUGGUGAACAACAUCAGUCUGUUGCAUAAGAUCAAAAGAAGUUAUAAUGCGGGGAAUGGUCGUCCAGGUACUUCCAGUCAAUUGGAUGGAAAAACCGGGGAGGAUAUUAUUUUGGAAGUUCCUGUGGGCACGACCAUGAGGUGGAUUCCAGACCCUUUGUUGGUGAAAGACCAAUUGCGAGAGUCCGGGGGAGAUAUCUCCAAGGUGGUGAUGGGAUUGAAAAUGACAGAGUCUCACGACAUCCAGCUUUUUCGAGAUGAUUAUGAUCCCGGCCAUGGAUGGCUGUUCAAAGAGAAAGACGAGGAGUAUCAUCGUGGAAGGGAUUUUUUCGUUGAGCUCGAUGAACAAGUGAAAGAUUACGAUCGAGAGAUUAUUGCCGAAGAGCUUAUGUUUGAUCGGUUUCCAGUUCUAGGUCUCGAUUUCGACAAACCUACCGAAAAGCCUGUUUUGCUCAUGAGAGGAGGAAAAGGAGGCAUGGGCAACAUGCAUUUUCUCACGGCUAACGUCCGAAACCCCAGAUUCAGUAAAGUUGGCCGACAGGGUCUCUGUGGAUUUUUCCUUUUGGAGCUAAAACUUAUUGCAGAUUUGGGGCUUGUAGGGUUGCCUAACGCGGGCAAGCUGACUCUACUUCGUGCAAUUUCUAGGGCAACACCUAGAGUGGGCCACUGGGAGUUCACUACCCUUCAGCCUACUGUGGGGACAAUCUCUACAUCCAUUGAUACCGAUCCAUUUACUGUGGCCGAUAUUCCUGGUAUUAUCAAGGGCGCAUCGGAGAACAAGGGCAUGGGAAUGGACUUUUUGCGUCAUAUUGAAAGAAGUGGAGGGUUGGUGUUUGUUGUUUCGCUUGAGUCCAAAGAUCCUGUUGGCGAUCUCCAGGUUUUGAUGGAGGAAAUUGGACCUAAAAGAAUGACCAAGAAGCGCGUGAUGGUAAUUGGCACCAAGGCGGACUUGGUAAACAAUGGUGGGUCAUAUCGGGCACUUACAAAAUUUGUUCAAAAUACGAACGCCGAGUGGCAGUGUAUACCAGUGUGUGCACCACGGGGUGAGAACAUCAAGCAGUGUGUUCGUAUGAUGGCACAGGUGGCCAAGGGGAAAGACCAGAAAGAUGAUUAA